UUUCAGCGUAUGGUGCGAGGUGUUCAAGUUGGGCAUGGUAAAGGUAGGUUGAAGUUUUCUUUUUUUCGGCCGAUAUACGGCUACACUCAAGGAAGGUAUUCCAGCAUGGAACGACCAUGUUCAGACGCGAACCACAUGACAUACACGCAUGCCUAUGCUCCAAGUGACCAAUACGCGCGAACAGAAAGCAGCGGUAGUAAUAUCUACACCCCACUACGCACCUUCCUUACCUAGCCUCAGGCACAGAUACACAAUCUACCCCCAACGCAUCUCACCUUCCCUAUCACCAUACAGUCACAUCCCGCCCCCUGCACGUAACAAAAGGCCCAACCUUCAUUCUCGAAAAAUACAAUACCUCAACAGUUCACACCUGGCCAUCAGCAGGACCCACAUCGGCGGUCAUGCACGUACCCGCAGAGCCUCAACACCUUCCUCCGACCCCCGAUUGCAGCCGCCUCCAUAUCCAAUAUACAGUAGUGUCAGUUGCCAUCGUCUCACGUAUCAUUCGUUCGGAGUCGGGACGGCAAGGUUUGUACACCAGCUAUCGUUCGAUAGUGUGCCAUCGCACAAGACUCCGAAGCAAAGACUUUGCUGUAUCCACAGUCCAGCCACCUCGGAAUCGAGUGAGACAGCGAUGGCAACGGUGGUUCGCGACGGGCUUAGGUUAAAAAGUUCGAUAUUCCCAGCCGGUGAACUAGUGCGCGGAGGUAGUCUGUCUUCCGUGGUGGUUGUAUGCAUUAUGCGAGGGUGAUGCUUCUUCUCGAAGCGGCGCUAAUGCAGAGUCUAGAAGGGUGUGAGGGUGCAUGCAACAUGCUAUUCAACGCGCGAUUAUUCUCGGGAGGAUUGGUAUUGGACGGGAACUUGAGUAGUUGCCGUUGUUUUCGAUACGCCGAACACGUUGUCUAAGCGUAGGCAGCGUAAGCGGAGGCAUCGCAUCGGAGGUUAGCUGGCAUCGGU